AUGUCCCUCGAGGUGUUCCAACGCAUACACCACGCGCACGACGCGCCCAUCACGCGCGUCACCUACGACGCGCACGAGAACACGAUCUCGAGCGGGGAUGAGCGCGGCGUCGUCAAGACCCAUCACGCGCGCAACGGCGAGCUCGCGCACGCCGUCGACGCGCACCGAGGGCACGUCACCGCGCUGUGCUGGUGUGAGUCGCGUCGAUGCCUCGUCUCCGGCGGCGUCGACGGCACCGUCGCGGUGUGGUCGGACAGGGGUAAGCUCGCGCAGCGCGUCGAUUUGCGCCGAGGACCCAUCGCGUCCAUCGGCUUCGGCGAGCGCCGCGCGUUCGUCGCCGUCGGCGGGCUCGACGGCGCGCUGCACCUGUACGUCCUCGCGAGAGAGCCCAAAGAGCCCGCGGGCGCGGAGGAGGCGGCGACGAAACGCGCGGCGCCGGCGCUCGCCAAGGUGGCGUCCAUCGUCGACGUCCACGCGGACGCGAUAUCCGCGUGCGUGUUCUCUCGCGACUGCAACAAGCUCUUCACGGCGUCGCACGACCGCUCCAUCGCGGUGUUCCCUCGCGUCUCCUCCGCGGACCCGCGUCGGGACGUCGCGAGGCGUCUGAACGCGCACGACGCGGCCAUCACGCAGCUGGACUUGGACGCGGAGAACAACUGGCUCGUCACGGGCGGGAUGGACGGCGCGACGAAGGUGUUCACGACGGAGGGGAAGCCGCUCGCGAGUUACCGCGACGACGCGAUCGACCACGUCGUCGCGAGUUUCUACCAGCCCGCGAGCGCGACGUACUGGAGCUUGGGCGGCGGCGGCGAGCUCGCGGUGUUCGAUCCGAAGACGCCGAUGAACGUCACGGAGCUGCUGCGUCGGACGUCGCGAUUCGCGGAAUUUCCAGUCGUCGGGUUGACGCAAUCCCCGGACCAUCCCGGGGUCGUGUUGGGCGUGAUGCGCUCGCGCGCGAAGCACGAUCUCGUCGCGUGGCGCUAUAACCCCUCCGCGGCGUUCCGGGUGUACGGCGACGCGCACGACGAUUGGAUCGAGCGUCUCGUCGUCGUCCCGUCCAAGCCCGGAGAGCCCGAGGAAAUAUGCAGCGCGUCUUGCGACGGCGGCGUGAAGCGGUGGAGGAGCGCCGGCGGCGACGCGACGUCCACGGACGCGAUGAGCGUGUUCGAGGAACUCAGGGGGCACCGCGGCGCGGUGCUGUGCGCGACGUACUGCGACAGUUUAGGCGUCCUCGUCACGGGCGGGGAGGACGGGACGGUUAGACUGUUCGAGAUUCGCGACCGCGGGCUCGAGGGCGAGGUCGCGCACAGUCACGUCGCGCGCGGCGUGGACGGCGACGGCGACGCGGAGGACCUGUCUGGGAGCGACCGCGAGUACGGCGGCGACGUGGACUCGGAAGAUGAAACGUCAACCGCCGCCGCCGCGACCUCCGCCGGGGUCGUCGCGAAGUGGGACGCCCGGUCCACGGCGUCGGAGGCGAAGCGCAACUUCGACGGCGACUGGAACGAACUCAGAGGACACAGAGGGAAGGUCACCGCGGUGUGCGAGGCCGCGGAGUUCGUCCUCGUCACCGCGGGUGAUGACGGCACGCUGCGGACGUGGGACCUUCGACGGCGGCGGGAGGUUCACUGCGUCGAGGACCCGCACGGGGGGGCGGAGGUGCACGCCGUCGUCGCCGGCGCGAGAGAACGCGCGGAGUUCGCGACCGCCGCCGCGGACGCGGUGGUGAAAAUAUGGCACGUCGACGACGAGGGUCGACGCGAGAUGAUGAAGGGCGAGCUCGUCGGGCACACGGACCACGUCACCGCGCUGGAGUGGUGCGAGUGGCGCGCGUUGUGGAUCACGGCGUCGGACGAUCACACGAUUCGCCUGUGGCGCGCGGACACGCGCGCGUCGAUUCGCUGCGUCAGCGUUCGAACCGAAGGCGAGGGCGUGACGACGAUGACGCUGGAUCCCGUGUGCGAGUGUCUCGUCGCCGCGGGGCGGGACAUGAAGAUCAGGGUGUUCGACGUCGAUCGGUUGGAGGGCGUCGCGCGGGAAGGCGCGGACGCCGCCGCCGCGGACGCGGACGCCGACGCCGACGGCGCGGAAGUAGACGUCGUGAUGGAGACCACGCAGGACGGCGUCGUCAAGGUCUCGAUCGACGAUCCGAAGGCGCCGCACCCGGACGACGUCUUCGGCGGCGCCGCCGUAGACGCGAACGCGGUCCCGCGGGUCGUGUACGCCGGUCACGUCGACCAGAUCAAGUCCAUCGUUCGCGUGAACGGAAAGUCGCAGUACGCGAGCGCGGGUUGCGAUAAGACGAUCCGCGCGUGGCUCGCGCCGGACCACCCCGGGCGACGCGCGGGGAAGCGGAAGGUGAAGAAGACGGCGGACGACGACGGCCUCGCGGGCGACGGCGCGAGCGCGUUCGAGCGCGAGAACCCGCUGCGACGGCCCGCGAUGUUGGGGCCGAGAGACGUGGACCCGGCGCCGCCGGAUGCGGACGGGUCCGAGACGCCGCGGGAGCGGCGGAGGAGAACCCCGUGGGUGGAGAUGCAAAAGGAGAGAGCGCGCGAGGAGAAGGCUCAUGCGGACGCGCUCGCGCGCGUGAUGAUGAGCUCGUUAGGAAGGAAGCUUCACGCGAUCGAGGCUGAGUUCGCCGCGGAGUAUCGAGAGAAGGCGAAGGCGAACACGUGA